CAAAUAUCUGGACUCCAUUCGCUAGCACCUCCUACAGUCUCUUCUACGACGUCUUAUUAUGCGCGAAUCUAACUUCGCCUUCCCUGCCCAGAAUCGGGCCAGUGUCUGCAUCACAUCCCAGCUCUACGACCGCAGAGCCCUCGACACAAAUGCGCCACUACCAUUAUACAACUCUUUGUCACAUCUAACCUAUCUCACCUCCACUUCCCCACGGAUUCGCGAGAUCAUGACCAUGGACGGCGGCUUGGAGCGACUGGUUCGUAUACUACACGAAUUUUGUCUAUGUCCACCACCGCCACAAAACGACGCUAUUCUGUAUGGCCUAUCCUCUCCAUCUGCACAUCCACCGAAGUUGGUCCCAACCCUCAACCCCAAGUCAUAUGACAAACAGGCGGCCUACCGGUUUUCUCUCGCAUUUCAGUCUGUAGUGAACAUCGGAGUACGCGGAAGUGAGCAGAUUCGCGGGCGGGUAGUGCAGGCGGGGACGUUGGAGGUGGUGGGGUGUAUUUUAGAGGCCUGGUUGGCCAGCAAGGGGUUCGCCGUGGGGUCAUCGACAUCUACAGGAGGAAUGCAACGGGAGACGAGAGAACAGCGUAUGGCUAGGAGAGCAGCACAUGCCGAGCACAAGCAGCGAGAACAAGCCGCGGCGCUGGCUCGAGCGUUACAAAGACAGGUCGCAGCAGACCGCACGAUCCGGGCAGAGCGGACAGUACAGACCCCCGAGGAGGAUUUAAUGGAUGUCGAGUCCUCAUCAAGUGGCAGAAGACCUAGCUCACGAGACACCGACACAUCUACGGAACCGUCAUCCAACACCACACCAGCUGGAUCCAACACCCCUACUGGAAGUGUCGUAGUCCCAGCACAAGUACGAGACCGGAGUGGUACCAUUAUAGCUCGGCCAGUGUGGGAUCAGGUCUCCGCCCAAGCUACGGCUGGACACCAUCGUGGACGAACGUUGCGCGCUCGUCCCCCUCUCCCUUCGGCCUCCGAUGCUCCGACUACUUCACACUCUACAGAUAACUCUCGACCAGACACUGAGACGGAGGAUGAUGGUGAUAUCGACAUGGACGUCGCCCGAGACAGCGAUGCGCUCGUUUCAGGCGCCUCCUCGCCUGAACGCCGCAAUCCUUCACCGGACGCGCUUACUGUGCGCGGUACCGCCCACCCCCGUCGCGCUGUUGGCAUUGUCUCAGACACUGUACCGCCUGCUGCUGGCGCAUCGUUGGAUAUGAACACUGAUGCACAUAUCAUCAUCAGCGAUCAGGCGGUCCCCGUGGACGGCGUCGAUGUGGCAGAUGGGAUCGUGUCUUUGGAGACGAACGAUGACUUUGCGAUGGGUGCCCCUCCUGGUGCGCCCGGCGCCAUCAACGGUCUUCCUCGAGCUGAUCAUGCCACCGCAGGCGAGCGCACCCCCCGCGCGGGUACGAUCACACUUCCGAUGACUACCCCAACACCGGUUCCCUCCUUUCCUACUACGGUUCGAGCCCGCGCUAACGAGAUGGGCGCAACCCCAGAGCGCGCUCGUGGCGGUCAGACCCCGAACGGCAGGACGACAGGCACCACUAGCACUCAUCAUCACCAUCAUCACCAUCAUCGAGACCCAGAGUCUGGCCCCUACAGAGACGAAGAUGUCUUGCUUGCUCUGCAGCUGCUAGCCUAUCUUAGCAAAUACCCUCACGUCAGGCAGGCAUUUUACAAGCAACGGCCGUCGUUCCACCCGGCGACAGUCCAACAAGACGGCAAUCACAACGAAGAAUGGUGGAAGAAUCAGACUAGCUCUAGCUCGGGCAAGCAGACAGCUACGGCUACUCCUACCAAGGAGACCAAUGCUUUCAUCAAGGUGUUUAACUCCGCAACAGGCCGCGGGAAGGAAAAGGAAAAGGAGAAGGAGAAAGCGACUGCAACGCCUAACAUUACGCCCGCGUCAAGCUCUUCUUCCACCGUCGUCGGGUCAUCUGGAUCUCAACCUCGGAUGACAAAUGUGUUCUCUCUCGUGGAGCGCUUCACCUACAGGCCGAGUUCCUCGGAACUGGAGGGACCGAACCCGCCACCAACGCUCCCCCCGGAGAUUCAGUACUGGGCUGGCGUCAUCAUGCGGAAUGCGUGCCGGAAAGAUGAUCAACAAGGAGGCAUCAGACAGUGUGCAAAUAUGAUGUGUGGACGAUGGGAGUCGUUCCCUCGCGAGUUUGCUAAAUGUCGCCGCUGCAGAAAGGCCAAAUACUGCGGGAAGGAGUGUCAAAGCAUCGCAUGGAGCGAAGGACAUCGCUUCUGGUGCAGCGCAAAAGACAACGACGAUGACGCGGAUCGUGAGAACCAGGGCGAGAGCUCGCGUGCCGGCGGUUCGGGCUCGGGCAGUGCGGCUGCCGGCCGUGCAGAGCGUCGGGCCGCACGCGAGCAGGAGAGGGCGGCGCGGCUGGAAGCUCGGAUCGUCGAGGAGUUCGGCGGGCCUCUUUCGCCAGCCAGGACGGCGGCAGUCCCCGAAGCCAUUGCUGCCGCUGCUGUCACUGCGACUCCGACUGCGAAUGGCGAUGCGAACCGUCAGCGGACGCAAGGUGGCAGCUGGUCUUUCAGCCCGCUGACUAUUCGUCGAUCUCGCAUGCGCGCCGAUGAUGGUGCUGCCAACCCCAACGAGCCCCAAGAUGCGCGGGCGAUCUCGAUCCGAUAUAGAGCCAAUGGUGCUGCCGCUGUCCCCGUUAACGGUGCUGCAGACAUGGACCUUCCCCCUGAAGUCAGGCAACACCUUCAGCAGAUCCUGCAAGUCCAGCGAGGGGAGGAUCAGCAGCGCCCUAAUAGCCCUGCGUCCACCGUUCCAGCAGAGGAUGCUGGUGUCUCCGGAGACAACAACGAUGAGCCGAUGGUUAUUGGGUAAAGAAACGGGACGUUCUCUGCUUGCACAUCUCUCGUUUGGUCCCGUCUCGCACAGACUAUAAAUCUGCAUUUUCAUUUCUUGGAGUCUUUCUUCAGUACCCCUCUCACGUUGCCCGUUUCACUACCCAUUUAGUCGUCCUCCCAUCGUCGCUCGUUGCUCGUUUGUCACGCACCUGGUCCUGUUACGCAACAUCCUCUGGCUUUCUGCAUCACCCGACAACAUCACUGUAGCCUACACGCAAUUCUGUACAUAGAGUACAAUCUAUAUCCGAUACCGAUACCU